AUGGGCGACGAGAAGAAAGCAUUGACUAAGAGCAAAUGGAUUGUGAAUGUUACUUCACCUUUUUAUUUGGGAUCGGGUGAUCAACCAGGAAAUAUGAUCACUCACGUUACCUUUACCGGCGAUAAUUACGUGGCAUGGGCUCGGGCCAUGACACUUUCGUUGCGAGCGCGACGUAAAUAUGGUUUCAUUGAAGGAACCAUUCCUAAACCAACUGAAGUGAUGGCUGUCCUAGAUUGGGACACUGUUCACUCAAUGAUAAUCUCUUGGAUUUUAAGGAGCAUGGACACAAAAAUAGCAGGGACUAUUCCACUGCACGAGAACGCACGCGACUUGUGGUUAUAUAUUGAACGAAGGUUCUGCGUGGCUAAUGGGCCACGAAUUCAGCAACUUAAAACCGCUAUCUCAGAGUGCAAACAGACGACUUCGAUGACGGUGGACAAGUAUUAUUCCAAACUUAUGGGAUAUUAUGAUGAGCUGGCUCGUUUGAAGCCAUUACCUGCCUGUGAAUGCCAUAAAUGUGACUGUGGUCUGGGCGCAAAGCUGGCGCGUGACCGUGACGAAGAAAUCUUUCACCAGUUUCUUAUUGGACUAGAUAGUGCAUUGUAUGCUGCUGUCCGCACUAAUUUGCUGUCUCAACAGCCCCUUGGUGAUAUUAAUCGUGCCUACCAAACUCUCAUUCAAGAGGAACACUCUCGAGGUGCUACUCGAGACAAAGGGGUUAGUGAAUCUGUUCAUGCAUUUUAUGCUCAAUUCGAUCGAGGUAAGCCACGUUUCACUCGUGUUGAUAAAUCUAAGUUGGUAUGCACUCAUUGUAAACAAAAAAGCCAUGAAAUUUCCACUUGCUUUAAGAUUCAUGGAACCCCUGAAUGGUAUGAGGAACGUGUGCGUAAUCAUUCGGGGCGGGUUGAGAAAAGUGCCCCUGCCGUGUCUCCAGCAGCAGGGUGCAGUAAUAAUGCGGCGGGGACAAUCGGCGGUGUCGGUGGUGGGGCUGUGGCAGCCCGUAGUACAGGGGGGGUUCGUGCAAAUGUGGUGUCCAACGGUGUGUUUGGGACAAAUGAAGGGGGUGGGACUCCUUUGCCGAGCCUCACGCAAGACCAAAUUCAAGCUCUCAUGAACUUGGUCAAUCUCGAACCAAAAUCUGAUGAUCGGAUGGCAGGUAUAGAGUGGAUACUAGACACUGGUGCUUCUCAUCAUAUUACAGGCACUUUAUCUGUGUUAGUCAAUGUUCGUAGUAUUGCAGCGUGCCCUGUUGGUCUUCCUAAUGGAUGCUCCGCUAAUGCUACUAUGGAGGGAGAUGUUUAUCUUACUGACACUUUAGUUCUGCAUCAUGUUUUAUUUGUUCCUGGCUUUCAGUGUCAUUUGAUCUCAAUCUCUCAUUUGCUUGCUGAUAAUGAUUGUACUCUUCAAUUCACCUUAUCUUUGUGUGCUAUACAGGACCGGUCCUCGGGGACUCUGAUUGGAGCAGGUGAGCGGCGAGGGGGGCUUUACUAUUUCCGGACGGUGGCGAAAAUUCAUGCAGCUGCAGUUGCUGCUUUACCUUCUUUUGAUCUGUGGCAUCAAAGGUUAGGUCAUCCAUCAACGUGUAGUGAAGCUGCUUCCUGCUAUUCGUUCUAG